AUGUUUGAAAAAGCCAUUGUGACGUUUUCGUCACCCAAAGCCGCCGCGGCCUUUGACUUGGUCGGCUCAACCAUCCUGGUAGAUGAGUCGGAUUUGAUCGGCAUCCGCAUCGCAGCGCAGAACCUCGCGCAGGACUUUGGUCGAGUCACACAGUCUGAACAGAGCGUCGUCCAGAUCGUUCAGGGCACCCAGGUUGAUGUCGCCUUGGGAUCUGCCGCUGCCAUCAUUAUCGGAUCAAUCGGAACCAGCUCUAUACUCCAGCGGCUGGAACAGGAUAGAAAGCUCAGUUUUGACGAGAUCCGAGGGAAAUGGGAGUCCUUUUCCACCCAUGUAAUCGACCAACCCUUGCCGGGCGUGCAGAAAGCCCUCGUCAUUGCCGGGAGCGACAAGCGAGGGGCGAUCUUCGGCGCCUACACCCUCUCUGAACAAAUCGGAGUCUCUCCGUGGUAUUACUGGGCCGAUGUCCCCCCCAAGCAUCAUGCAGCUAUCUACGCACUACCAGAGCCGACAUACCAUGGUGAACCAAGCAUUCGCUUCCGCGGCAUCUUCAUCAACGACGAAGCUCCCGCCCUGACUGGCUGGGUCAGAGCCAAUUUCGGGAGCUACAACUCUGAAUUCUACAAGAAGGUCUUUGAACUACUUCUGAGACUCAAGGCCAACUUCCUCUGGCCGGCAAUGUGGCCAGGCUACCCCAACCCGGGCGCCUCAUUCUUUACAGAUGACCCCCUUAACCCCAAGCUUGCCGAAGACUACGGAAUCGCCGUCUCAACGUCCCAUCACGAGCCUAUGCAGAGGAUGUCCAAUGAGUGGUUCGCAGACAACCCGGACGGCAGCUGGAACUGGCUCACCAACAAGGAGAAGAUCGCCGCCUUCUUUGAUGAGGGAGUCAAGAGGGCAGUGGGCCGCGAGUCGUACUUCACCCUUGGCAUGCGCGGCGAGUAUGACAGAAAGAUGAAGACGGAUGACCCGGCUGCUGUGGUAAGGGAUGUGAUCAAGACGCAGCGAGCUCUUAUUAAGCAAGUUCAUGGGAGAGAAGAUGCUGUACCACAGCUUUUGGCCUUGUACAAAGAAGUGCAGGAGCAGUAUGAGGAGGGAAAUCUUGAUGUACCCGAUGAUGUCACCCUUCUAUUCGCCGACGACAACUUUGGCAGUAUCAGGCGUCUUCCAUCCGGAGUGGAGGGGGAUAGAAAAGGGGGCGCAGGUGUACGCAACUCUGCCCAUGCUCGUGCCUCCGUACCUUACAAGACGAUACUGACAAAGGCAGAUAUACUACCAUUUCGAGUAUGUGGGAGUUCCACGAAGCUACAAGUGGAUCAACAGCAACUCUCUGGUUCGUCAUGGCCCAUGAUUGCAAAGAUACAAUUAGUUAACACAAGGAAACAGGGGAAAACCUGGCAUCAGCUACAAGAAGCCCACAGACGCAAUGCAAAGCAAAUCUGGGUGUUCAACGUUGGUGACAUUAAGCCGAUGGAAGUACCGCUCACAUUCGCAAUGACGUUGGCCUGGGACAUCAACUCUAUCGGCGCCAGCGACUUUGCAAACUUCUACCAGAAAAUGGCAGAGACAAACUUUGGAAAAGAUCAGUCGGAAGAAAUCGCGUCAGUAUGGCAUGAAUACGAUAGACUCUCCGCACUAAGAAGACACGAACACAUUGAACCGACAACCUUUUCCUUGAUCCACUACAACGAGGCGGAAGACGUCGUACACCGCUGGGAUUCGCUCCUUCAGUCAGCCGAGGCGAUCUACAAUCAGACCCCAGAGAAUCAGAAGGCAGCUAUCUUCGAAACCGUUCUGCACCCAGUCAAAGCAUCAACAAUCUUCACCAAACUCCAAGUGACCCUAGGCCGGAACAGACUCUACGCCCGCCAGCGCCGCAACGUCGCCAACAAACUCGCCCGCGACAUUCUCGACCUCUUUGAUGCAGAUUACGCCCUCUCAGAAGAGUUCCACGCUCUGUUGGACGGCAAGUGGGACCAAAUCAUGAGCCAGACGCACUACGGCUAUGAGGAGACGUGGCACGCGCCGUACCGCGACAUGAUCAGCGGCUUGUGCUACGUCCAGCGUCGGCAGCGCUCGAAUCCAAUCAUGGGACAGAUGGGGGUCGCUGUUGAAGGCCACGAGGGCGUGCGGCCGGGUAGAACGAAUGAGGAAUCUGAUCGGACGCAUCCUAGUCGGCGGGACUUGAUUCCUGGAGUGACGUUGGGACUUAUGAGCCGGUAUGGGCCGGUGAAGAGGUGGUUUGAUAUUUACAGCCGCGGACCUCAGGUAACGCAUUGGAAGACUGCUGUUCCGUAUGACUGGAUCAAGCUCUCGACUUCGUCGGGCACGCUUGAUCCUGAUAGAGAGGAUGCGAGGAUUGAGGUUACGAUUGAUUGGGAUCAGGUACCAGAUGACUUUGACGAAGAGGUGUUGAUCGAUAUUCGAUCCGAUGAAGGCGACGUUGAGCAGAUCCACCUGCCCAUCACUGGCAGACACAUCCCCAGAUCAUUCAAGGAAGGGUUUGUCGAGGGUGACGGGUACAUCUCCAUCCCAGCGGCGCAUCAAUCACUCCGAGGUCUCAGAGCACUGCCGGAGUGCGGCAGAACCCCAGAGGGAGCGAUCGUCCUUGCCCCAGGCGCGGAGAGCGCUGAGACCACGUCCAAGUUUUACGUCUUCUCGCAGACAGCGAGCCCGUCCCUGUUGUUAUACUUCAACAUGACGCUCGACCUAGAUCCGGUAGACCCGAUGUCUUACGACUUGCAGGUUGAUGGCGGACCCGUACAGACUCAUCGACUGUCGUCGAAGACCAAUGAUCUCCCUGACGGUUGGUUUUAUGCCGUGCAGGACUGUGCUUGGUUACGGAAGCAUGAUCUAGGCGAUAAUGAGCUUGGAGUUGGGGAGCACAGCGUAACAAUCCGUUUCAAGCACUCGAACUUGAUUUUCGAAAAGCUCGUUGUUGAUCUUGGCGGAGUGCGAGAGAGUUACCUUGGACCGCCCCUGAGCGUCUUCAUUUCCUAA